AUGUCCAAAAUGUUAUUGACGAUCUGCAAGUCGGCGGGCAAUGCCGGAAAUGCCUCCAAAUUCCACACGAAGCUCCCCCUCGGCACCCCCGUCAUCAGCACCGGGCUGAACAUGAAGCCCCACCCGACAAAGUGCUUGGCCACCUACAUCUGGAUCGACGGCAGCGGCGAGAAUGUGCGCUGCAAGACGCGGACGCUCAAGGAGCUCCCAAAACACAUUGAGGAUUAUCCUCUCUGGCAUUACGACGGCUCUUCGUGCGGCCAGGCUAAGGGCGGCGACUCUGAUCUCUACUUGAAACCGGUAGCCGAAUACGCCGACCCGUUCUUCGGCGGCAACUCGCGGCUGAUCAUGUGCGAGACGCUCGACAAGCACUACGCCCCGACCCCUUCGAAUAAGCGCUCGAAGUGCAACGAGUACAUGAAGGCGGCCGAUCACACGGAACCGUGGUUCGGCAUGGAGCAAGAGUAUUUGCUCUUGGAUCGUGACGGACACCCCCUCGGCUGGCCCAAGCAUGGAUUCCCCGCCCCGCAAGGCCCCUACUAUUGCGGCGUUGGCGCCGACCGAAUUUUCGGCCGCGAAGUCAUCGACGCGCACUACUUGGCCUGCCUAAACUCGGGCAUCGAAAUUGGAGGAACCAACGCCGAAGUGACGCCCGGCCAAUGGGAGUACCAGGUCGGCACUUGCCGAGGUAUCGAUAUGGGCGACCAACUCUGGGUGUCCCGAUAUCUUUUGCACCGCGUCGCCGAGCAGUUCGGCGUGCUCGUCUCCUUCGACCCGAAGCCCGCGAUCACGAUGGGAGACUGGAACGGCGCUGGGUGCCACGCCAAUUUCUCUACGGAUGCGAUGAGGAAACCCGGGGGAAUUGAGGCUAUUCAAUUGGCUUGUGAAAACUUGGCGACCACCCAUGUCGACGACAUGAAGGAGUACGACCCGAACGGCGGGCGCGACAACUUGCGCCGUUUGACCGGGAAGCACGAGACGAGCUCGGCCGACAAGUUCUCGUGGGGCGUCUCGGAUCGUGGGUGCUCGGUGCGCAUUACGCGUGGCGUGUUUGACGCCGGAAUGGGCUAUCUCGAGGACCGUCGCCCCUCAUCAAACUGUGAUCCCUACGCCGUCACCGGGGCCAUCAUCAGCUCCACCGUCGUCAACCCGAAAAUCCAAAAGUUGGUCGACGAAAAGCCGGCCGCCAAGCGCGCCAUGUCGAAA